AUGGAUAAAUAUAAUAAGGAAAGAUUAGAAGCGAUGAAUAGAGAUAAUAAGGAGAGAGAUAGGGAAAAUAAGGAAAGAUUGGAAGCGAUGGAUAGGGAGACUAAGGAAAGAUUGGAAGCAAAUAAGGAAAGAUUGGAAGUGAUGGAUAGAGAUAAUAAGGAGAGAUAUAGGGAAAAUAAGGAAAGAUUGGAAGCGAUGGAUAGGGAGACUAAGGAAAGAUUGGAAGCAAAUAAGGAAAGAUUGGAGGCAAUGGAUAAGGGAAAUAAAGAGGCAAUGAGGAAGCUACACACAGUUAUCGAUAGGCGUCUAUCCGCAGUUAAUAAUCGGUUAGAUGAGGGGGAGAAGAAUCUGGGUGCGUUGAAGCAAGUAUGUGAUGCCAUGAAAGAAAAAGCCAAUAAUUUGGAGGUACGAAUAAGUGCAAUAGAGAGCGAUAUUACAGAACAUAGGAAUGUGUUGCCGGAUGAGCAAAUCAAAGAGAUAGUGGAGGACUUACUUGCAGAUAAACAAGGGCAUUAG